UCGUACGCAGAAGAAAACGAGACGGUUCAUUCCCGCAUGCGCAAUCGGUCUCUUUCUUUUUCGACAUUGGAGGGAGUAAGGCAAGAUGGGUCACCAGCAAAUUUAUUGGAGUCACCCACGAAAAUUCGGCCAGGGAUCAAGAUCCUGCCGAGUAUGCUCAAAUAGGCACGGUUUGAUCCGCAAGUAUGGACUCAACAUGUGUCGUCAGUGCUUCCGACAGUACGCAAACGACAUUGGCUUUGUCAAGCUUGAUUGAUCGUGUUGGGCAUUUGGAUGGAAGGCACCCCAACAGACUUCAGACUGGACUUGGCUGCACUGUAAAUUUGCAUUAAAUAAAUGUUUUUGCAGUCUGAA